AUGAAUUCACAAAAUGGUACACAAUCUAGUUCCAGAGAAGAAGUGCAAGGUUCUAGAGAAGAGAUGCAAGAUUCUAGAGAUUCUAGAAUAAAUAUGGAGGAUUCAGAUGCACGUGCUACUUAUGGAGGAGGUGCGCAAGAUUCACGAGAGAAGCUAAAUUCCAGUGAUACUGAUGAUUUUUUGAUGUCUGACAAUUUAAGAUUUGAAUUUGAAGACGAUAAUCCCAAAAUAGUGUGUUAUAUAUUAUCUGUAUCCAUUCUGUUAUUAAUAGUCAUUACUUUCGGACUCAUGUAUUAUUUUACCGAGUCUGAUUAUGUUACGGAAUAUGAUACCUCAAAGAUUCCUUUCCAAUAUCAAUUGAGCCUGAGAUAUUUAUAUGCGAUUAAUGAUCGGUAUGAUUAUGUUAUUUCAAAAUUUCCCGAUCACGAUUUUAUCCAAGAUUCCAACUUUACUACUCGCGAUGUUUACGGUGUUAGCAAUGAUAACUCCACUACAAAUUUAAAUGCAUCUAAUCCUAUUGAGCUUGGACUCCUGAUUUCACGUUCAUUAAGAAUUCUGACACCUGGCUUUUAUGAAGUUCAGGAGGAUAGAUACCUACCAAAUGGUACAACGUAUAGAGUGAUAACUGCUACUGCAUCUUAUACAAAUUUGUUUUACAUUGCCUGGGCUCCGCCAAUCACAAUUAAAUUUGUUACUUCAGAUGAGUCUUCCUAUAAUGACUUAAUAUCUUGUGAAUAUCAAUUCAUUUGGACUAUCAUCCUAAACGGUUAUGUUAAUAGAAAGU